CGCCGACGCCCUCGCCUGGGUUUGUUGGGCGUGGUUAAAAGUUGGCUGUAAAAACAGAAAGGGGGGUAUGAACACCAAGGGAACCUGCACACUCACUAACUAACUGGCUUUCAACCAGUGUACACAGUCAGAGUGGUGGAGAAGAAGCGCCGUCAGUGACACCCCUCCUCACACAGACGCACACAUAACGAGCCGACGGUUGAACAGCAUUGGUGUCCUGAUUAUAAGCGCUUCUCCUGCUUACAUGUGAGGGAUAACUUAAAACCAAGGAAGGAGAGCAUCUGUGCAGCAAAGAAGACCACCGUGGAAGGAGACUGUUGCUGCUCCUUGGAUUCACUCACACGCAGAUGUUUUCUUUUAUCGAGCAACUUCUUCAUGAGUAAAAGAUGAAUCUCCAGCAGCUGGGUGACUGUGGGCGUUUUAGUGACUCUUCUGCGAUUGUGGACGAUUCGCAGCAGAUCCAUUGACCCCCAUCUAUGUCUCCUGCUGAAUGUGGAAAGCCUAGGAUGGAAGACCCACCACGUGCUGGUCCGAGGCACUGGAACAACAUUCUCAACCAUCACAUCCUCAACCAUCUUGCCUCUUCCCCCUCCUCACAAACUACCACCACCAUAUCAAACCAGACAGGGACUAUCGCCAACGGCUGAUUCCAGGAUGUACGUGAAUAUGCGACGUAUCCGAAGAUGUCAGUGUGUGCAACUUAUGGCCACCUGCUUGGUGCUGUCAGUGGUGAUGGUUUGCUGGGAGCAGCUGGACAGUAACGUCGUCAGCCAUGUCAAGUCCUACUCCUACCGCUACCUGGUCAACCGCUUCACCUUCAUCAACAAGAGCCUCACCAUCCCACGACAGCAGGCCAGAAGUUUCAGCCAUUUCCCCUACCUGCUGGACCACCCGGACAAGUGCGUCGGCCAGAAUGUCCUCCUCCUCCUCUUCGUCACAUCUCCAGAGAACAUCGAGAGGCGAAAUGCUAUCAGAUCCAUUUGGGGAAAUGAGACCUACAUCAGAACCGCCCUGGGAGUGACAGUCAAGGUGGUGUUUGCCUUAGGAGCACCUCGGACAAGGAAGGAGGAGCCCUCAUGGAGCAAGAGGAGUGGGGUUGGUUCUCAGGAGCGGCUCAUCCAUGAGGACCGUCUUCAUGGGGAUUUGAUCCAACAAGAUUUUUUGGACUCCUUCCACAACCUGACCCUGAAGCUCAUCAUGCAGUUCCGCUGGAUGCACAGCCACUGCGCACACGCCCGCUUCCUCAUGACAGCUGACGACGACAUCUUUGUCCACAUGCCCAACCUUGUGAGCUACCUGCAGGACGAGAGCAGCAGGGGUGUCACGGAUUUCUGGAUUGGACGGGUGCACAGAGGGGCACCUCCAAUCCGCAGCAAAGACAGCAAGUAUUAUGUGUCCUUCGAGAUGUACCAGUGGAUGUCGUACCCUGACUACACAGCUGGGGCAGGUUAUGUGGUCUCCAGGGACGUAGCUGAAAGAAUCUACCAAGCCACGCUAACCUUGAAUGCCUCUCUUUACAUAGACGAUGUGUUUAUGGGCAUCUGUGCCAACAGCAUCAAUGUGUCCCCACAGGAGCAUGUCUUCUUCUCAGGUGAAGGCAAAGCACCGUACCACCUGUGCAUCUAUAACCAGAUGAUGACUUCACACGGUCACGUGGAAGACAUUUACGACCUGUGGAAGGCAGCGACCGACUCUCGGGUGAAACAGAAGACAUCUGGACUCAUAGGGAGGUUGUAUUGCACGGCCGUGAAAAUCUCACUCCUCUGUAAACCAUACUUUUUUAACACAUACCCUUGCAAAGCAGCCUUUUUGUAGUGUUACUUCAGGUUUGUGUGUGUAAGUGUGUGUCAGAGAGGGAGUUUGUCAUAGGUCAUAAUGAAAGGAGAAUCAUCGCUGCGAAUAUUACCUCAGUCCUUUCAGUUGGACACCCAUAUCAAACACUGAAGUGUGUGUGUGUGUGUGUGUGUGUUCUACUUGUAUGUUUCAAGAGGCAAAAAGACCAGACGGUUCGUGUUUGUGUGAUCACCUUCCUGUCAAAGAUGUUGAGUCCUGGAGGUUUAAUAAUAAUGGUAAUAACACUGGCUUAUGAGCACAUGCUCAUGAAUUAGAUUUUAACUGAUAAACUAAUUUACUGUCCAUUUCAGCAGGGUAAUCAAUACCUCCCUUCUGCCCCUUCAACUGCUGGCAUAUAUAAGAGGGUUGCCAAAAACAUGAAUUGACUUCAGACUAUUCAUUAACUUAAAAGUUAACUUGAUGAUUGGGCUUAUAAGAAAAUCAUGAUGCAAAGAGGAAGUAACAAUUUGAGUGUUGUGAAAAUUGCCACAGGUCAAUGACGUCUCUGAACCAAAAAUGCCUCUGUGUCACAAAGUGCAAAAUUCAUCACAGUGAAGUAAUGUGAAACCAAUGUGCGGAAAGCUCCUGUGCUGCAAGUACUUGUGAAGUCAUGAUGAGCAAGAAAGUGGGGGUGCAAAAUAGUAUUUUGUGUUAAAAGAUCUUUUUUUGUAAUAAAAAUCUGUGUCAAA